AUGCCUGCAGAAAGAGAGGAUGAGAUUUGUCGAAAGGCGCUGGAACUGCUCUCCGACCUGUGCUCCAAGGGAGAGGUGCAGGACGCCAACUGCCUGGAUUUCAUCUACUACUUCAGGGACUUGGCCAGACCGCGUUACACGGACUCAGAUGUAUCGGUGAGCCUGUUGUCCCUGCUGGUGACCACCUGUGGUCUGGCGCUCUUCAGCGUCUCCCUCUUUGUCUCAUGGAAGUUGUGCUGGGUGCCACUGAGUGGCCGUUUCUUCCCAGAUGUCCUCAAGGGGGCACACUUCCUGGGAGGAGACCAGCAGCCCGUCCUCACAGAGGUGGACGGGGACGAAAGAGAGUACAGCGAGGAUGGCUGUGUGAAAGAGCCUUCAGGGCUGCCCUCGGCUGUGACUGUCCCAGAGUCGGCUCUAAAGAUAAGCCACACGUCACCUGACAUCCCGCUGGAGACCCAGACCAAGGUGGAGAAAAACCAGGUUCACACUCUGGCCAGGGACAGGGUCCAGAGACAGAUUACUGAGCCUACCUCGUCUGUACGGCACAAUUCCAUCCGUCGUCAGAUGAACUUGUCCAAUCCGGACUUCAACCCUGCUCAGUUCCAGCGCCAGGAGUCUCUGUCCGGUCUGGGCCGAAUCAAACCAGAGCUCUACAAGCAGCGCUCGGUGGACGCAGAAGAUGGUCGCCGCGCUGACAGCUGCGGGCGUCUCAACUUCAUCCUGAAGUUUGACUUUGACCUUGAGCAGCUGAUCGUGAAGAUCCACAAGGCCCAGGACCUUCCUGCCAAGGACUUCUCAGGGACCUCCGAUCCUUAUGUCAAGAUCUACCUGCUGCCCGACCGCAAAACCAAGCACCAGACCAAGGUGCACCGCAAGACACUCAACCCAGUGUUCGACGAGGUGUUUCUCUUUCCCGUAGCAUACGCCGAGCUGACGAGUCGUAAGCUGCACUUCAGCGUCUACGACUUUGACAGGUUCUCUCGCCACGAUUUGAUUGGCCAAGUGGUGGUGGACAACUUCCUGGAUCUCGCCGACUUUCCUCGGGAGACAAAACUGUGCCGGGACAUACAAUACGUAACCUCGGACAAUGUGGACCUGGGAGAGCUGAUGUUCUCAUUGUGCUAUCUCCCCACGGCUGGCAGGCUCACCAUCACCAUGAUCAAAGCCAGAAAUCUCAAAGCCAUGGACAUCACUGGAGCUUCAGAUCCGUAUGUGAAGGUGUCGCUGAUGUGUGACGGCCGGAGGCUAAAGAAGAGGAAGACGUCGACCAAGCGGAACACUUUGAACCCGGUGUACAAUGAAGCCAUUGUGUUCGAUGUUCCUCCUGAGAACAUCGACCAGAUCAGCCUGCUCAUAGCUGUCAUGGACUAUGAUCGGGUUGGACAUAAUGAAGUGAUCGGAGUGUGCAGGGUGGGCAAUGAGGCCGAGAGUCUGGGGCGAGACCACUGGAGCGAGAUGCUGACGUACCCACGGAAGCCCAUUGCACACUGGCACCCACUCAUAGAGUGGGUCGGGCAGGGAGCGGUGGGGAGUGGAAGUCAAGGAGGAUCCACUAAUUCCCUGAAGACACCACCAUCACCCUGACCACACACACACACACACGCAAAGCCUCAGGGUGGUAGAUGGAUGGAUGAUGGACCUGCAAUCGGUCCAGCCGAAAUGUUUAUGUUUAAGGUGUGACUAACAAGCGACUGCAGCAGCACCAUCAGCUUAAAAGCCAUUACUCACUCUGGUGUGUCAUUAGACUGAACGAGGCGUCGGCGUGCUAAGGCUAAUCCACUCUUUUUACUUCACGACCAAAAAAAACACUUAACUACAUUCCAACUGAACUACUACAGCGCUUUCAUUUUGUCAUUCAGAGUUGUUACUGACAGUAUUAACAGGUUGAGAUUAUCUAACAGCUUCUUUUUUUUAAAUUUUUUUUAGCAAAUGGCAGUUCGUGGACCAAAAUUAUACAUUUCUAGGCCACCGUGUGAAGCUGUAAACUUGUGAUUUGUGCGAGUGAUCAAGUAUCAUAGAUGAAGUAAGAGUUAGGUGAAAUAAGAAACGACACAGAUGGCCAUUCCAGUUUACAUCAACAAAACGUCCCGCUCUUUUGCGAGCUCGGCGGCUGGGUCAAACACUCGCACCGCUCAUGCAUCAUUAAAGUUGCUGCCUGUCCUCCGUGGCGGCCACGCCGGACGGCACAUUUUCUUAGUGUACACUUAAGUUUUUUUUCUUCUGUGGGCGACUUUCCCACGGAAAACCUCCUGUAAAGAUAUGAGCUGAAGAGGAUUUGCUCCAAGAAUGUGUGAAGCAGCUGACAUAGUGUUUUAUUUACUGCAUGUUGAGUUGUCAUACGUCGUCGACAGGGGUGUGGUCAAAAUAAAGGAAACACAGGUGGGUGUUGUGGUGGCAGUGGAAGGGGCAAGAUCUUCCGGCGAAAGGACAUUGAUGAUAAUGUAACGUGCCAAUUAAAGAACACCUUGAGGCUUUAAAGUGAAGUGCAUUAAAGUGUCAAUGUGUAAACUAAUGGAGCAACAUUUCAGUGUUUGGCAUGUUAACCACACAAACCCUUAGGACAAGAGAUUUAUUUUCUAUAGAUGGACAUUUAGCCUCUGAACAGAUUGUCAAUUAGAAGUAAACAAAUGCCUCCCACCAUGUAGCCUUCACGACUUAACAAAAAGGAGAAAAAAAGAAAGCGAAAAUCAGCAACUAACCACAGAAGCUAAGUAAUUUGAUGCUUCUUAAAAAAUUACCAACAGAAUAAAGCAUCACCAAGGUGAUCAUCAGACUGAAACUGAUCCAUUAAAGAAAUGGCUUGAUACAGAAGUAAAUAUUUAAAUGAAUACAUUCAAAAAUGAAUUCAUUAAUAAUAAGAAUGGAAAAAGAGAUAAGAAAAUAAUUUUACUUGAAUUAAUACAAAGGUAAAUGGACUCAGAGGCAAAUUAGAACAGUGAUAUGAAUGUCUCAGUUUUAUAAAUGAAUGCCUACAUUUAUUUUCAACAUUAUUUUUUGUGCAUUUAACAGAGUAUGAAAUUAUAUAUUGAGUCAUCUAUUCGUUAUUGUUCUGUCAGUUUUAGUCCUCCAUGCUGUAGCCCACAAAAUCACACAUUGCAAAGCAAAACAAAUACUGUAUUAUAGUCAGAGACACCUAUUUUUUACUUAUGCCAUGGUACAAAAACAAAAACACUCAGCCAGUUCAUACAUGUAGAACUGGUGUCUUCUCCAGGAUGUCAGCUGAGUGCAGACAGGUUCCUCCCUGGACACAGAGCUCUCUGGAGCCUUAAAACACAUCAGCAGAUUCUUAUCUGCAGCAGCUGCUGAUAUGGCUCCUGUAUUUUGCUCCAUUCUCACAGAGUUUAUCAAUACUUUUUUAUUUAAAAUACUGAAAAGAACAAACACAGGAAAGCUCUGUGUUUAUUUAAACAUUUAACCAUCAUUUCUAUUGGUAAAAGUAACAUUCUCACAGAAUUACAACCAGUGCUCUAAUGCUGCAAGUUUACCAAGUUUCAUGGGUUGUAGAGAGUUUGAGGCAUUGGAUCAAACAACUAAACUUGGCCUCAACAAAACACAUCUUUGACAUAUAAUCAUCCUUUGAAGUUGUUAUGAAAGCAGAACAUUUACUCUCCUUUUAGCUCGGUUUUUGGUCUCCACCAACUCGUGAGGGAAGUGCGCAGCUCUUUAGCUGCUAAAUGCUCCAUGCCUUUUCAAAAAGAGUGGUUUAGAUAUUCUGGUUAAACCAUUACAUGUUUUUUUAAUUGUUUGUUUUUUCCCCCAUGUGACCUCUUAGCAAUGUCAACAGAUUCUUCUCAGGAUGAACUCUGAGAAAUUAUCAUUAAUCAAAACUAAUAUAAAGACUGAAGUAAAAAGAACCAAGUCAGACAUAAAUACAUGAUAGAAUUUUCAGUUGCUGAUCAUUCAGCUAGAGACCAGAGUUUAAAUACUUGUGCCUUUCAAUAUUAAUCGCACAUGGCUCCCAUUUAGAAAGAAAUCCAACAAAUAAUAACGGAAUCAUUCGGAAUCCAGCUGCCAGCAGUGACUGGUCUUUCCUUUGCCAUGAAAUGAGGAUCUCUGCAAACACACAUGCAGGAGCCCUGUCAUAACAGGACUUGCAUUCAUGUUUUUUUUUUUUUUUUCCUUUAUUCGGACCACACCCUGCAAUUAUUUUGAUAAGCCAGUGUCUGUUUUUGAAACUGAGAUUAUUACCAGUAUUGUUUCUGUCUUUGUGGACACUGUCACAGAUAACAAUGACGAUUUAUUAUGUGUUUGUAGGUACAAUGCAUGCAUCAUUUUCUGUGAGUCUUUUUUAAACUCCUCUCCUGUUGUGAGAUACUAAUCAAACUGUAAACACAAGAUGUAUUAUGAACCUACGGCAGAUUGUGUAAAUUGUCCAUUCAGAUGUUAUUAAUAAAUAUUUCUAUAUA